UUUUUCUGAAAUUUGUGCCAACAAAGAAAGAGAAGCUACCAUGGUCAAUGCCAAGAAGCUUGCUCAAAUGGCAAAGAAGUGGCAGAGGAUGGCGGCCAUGGGGAGGAAGAGGAUCACCCAGACUACGACGGCAAAAAGAGCCGCUGAGGAGUGCCACACGACAAUCUCAGUACCGGUGAAGGGACACUGCGUAUUGUACACCGCCGAUGGGGUCCGGUUCGAGGUGCCAUUGGCAUACCUCAGCAAUGCGGUCUUCAGUGAGCUCCUGAGGAUGUCUCAUGAGGAGUUCGGAUUCUCAGGCAGCGACAAUGGCCGUAUCACGCUGCCAUGUGACGCCGCAGUCAUGGAGUACGCCAUGUGCUUGCUCAGGAGAGAUGCCUCCAUGGAAGUUGUGAAGGCAUUCCUGAGCUCCAUUGUGAGGCCGUGUCGUUUUGAUUGUGGCCUGAUGGCAUCAUCUGUAGUGCUUAGCCAGCAUGUACGCGUUUGUUAACUUCUGAAGAAUGGCAGCUAGCUAGGAUCUUGUUCUAGAUACCAUUUAUGUUCA